AGCGGGAACGGUUCCGUUUCCGCUCUGGGCCCGAAUAGUGGGGGAGCUGCUGCUAGUGUGAAGGGGGAGGGGCAGAGCUCGCAGUGACCCGGCCGGCUGGAGCGGCCUCCCCCUGCCGCCUCACCAUGAUCAAAGCGAUCCUCAUCUUCAACAACCACGGCAAACCCCGGCUCUCCAAGUUCUACCAGCGCUAUAGAGAGGACUUAGAGGGAACUUAGGUAAGAGAAUUUUUUGCUCAUCUUGUCUUGACACUGACCUAGCUUAUCUCUUCAUUUAGACUAAUAGGUGGAUCUGAUAACAAACUAAUCUACCGGCACUAUGCCACGUUGUACUUUGUCUUCUGUGUGGAUUCUUCAGAAAGUGAACUUGGCAUUUUAGACCUAAUACAAGUAUUCGUGGAAACACUAGACAAAUGUUUUGAAAAUGUCUGUGAACUGGAUUUAAUUUUCCAUGUAGACAAGGUCCAUAAUAUUCUGGCUGAAAUGGUCAUGGGUGGAAUGGUUUUGGAGACCAACAUGAAUGAAAUUGUCACUCAAAUUGAUGCACAAAAUAAACUGGAGAAAUCUGAGGCUGGUUUAGCAGGAGCCCCAGCCCGGGCUGUGUCAGCUGUAAAGAAUAUGAAUCUUCCAGAGAUCCCAAGAAAUAUUAAUAUUGGUGACAUCAGUAUAAAAGUGCCAAACCUGCCCUCUUUUAAAUAAAAUGGCUACUACAGGUAAAAUCAAGGAAAAAUGUAAUUGAGGUUUAUCAAACAAAGAAAUUUAUAACUUUUGCUAUUUGGAUAAAAAGUAAAGGUACUGCAUAGAAAUUCUGUGUAAAAUCUGUAUGUGAAGUUGAAUGUUGCUUUUGUCUUGCGCAAUGAUUUUAAAGGAAAUGGGUAGUUCCUGUGUGACUUCUAAAUUACAUUCCUAUGCCCUUGUAAGGCAUAACACUGUCUUGGCUGCUGCAGUAUUUUGGAAAAGUAUUUAAGAUAUUCUUUACUUUAUAUAACCUAUAAUGUUAAGUCUUUUUGUAUAUCCACUAAGGUCUAUGAUUAGUGCAGCAUUCCUUAACUACUUCUGCUGUUUGUCAUGAUUAUUUAAGAUCCAAGUGUGUAUGUUGCAUGAAAACGUUAAACUGUCUCUUGUUUUUGUUUAAAUAAAGUCAUAAUUAACUGGA